AUGGACACCGCAUCUAAGUUUGAGUUGCGCUCGGUGACGUCCAGCGUCAACAUGAACUGGGUGUUUUUGGUUGACUGGGUAAUAAUUUUCUUUGCCGCAACCGUGUUUAUAUUUUACUUCAACAGAAUUUUAGGUGAAGUUAUCACAUUGACAGCAACACAUAUUCUUCUUCGACGAAAAAAAAUUAAAUUUUCUAUUCAGUCGAUGAAGGUGAAUCUUUUAGCAGGAAGGCUCUUUAUGAAAAACCUUUCGGUUAUCACCAAAGAUGAAAUAAUUUUGGUUCAUACCGCUGUCCUUACAUGGAAGUACUGGGUUCAAUAUGUAAGAAAAUCACAGUUUUAUGUCCAAGAAGAAAAUCUUAAUGACGAAUUAAACUCAAAGUUGCCUUCACGAUUUUUACUAGAGGUGGAAGGCCUAGAAAUUUUUAGUUUCAAUAAAUCAGGUGCUUACGACAACAUCGAAUCUAUUUUGAAACAGGAGAGCGCAAGUAAAUCAUCAGAGUCAUACACAAAGAAGUCAUAUAAAGUUUCAUUUGAUAGCUCCAAUAUCUCUACAAAUGAAAAUGCUAAUAUUAGAAGAAGAAAGAGUGAAUCAUCUUCUAAUGAUACAUUUAAUUAUACCCAGAAUUCUGUUUCUGAUACAACUGAAGAAUACACUUCAGAGGAUAGUGAAGUUAUGGAUUCUACAUUUUUGGACUUUUUGCCCUUUGAAAUAGUUGUUCACAGGGGCUCCUUUGUCCUGGGAAAUAAAAAUACACCUUCCUUAUUUGUUGCAUAUUACUCUUCAAUGAAGGGGAACGUCGACGCCACUUUACCCGGCUGUGAGCUUGAUUAUUAUAGGACACUGUAUGAUUUUACAGUUAGCAAUUUGAAAGUUGAUUUAAGAACAAAUGUCACUUACGAAAGUAUCGACUCUUUGAAGAGAAAAAUGGAGUCGUUUCAGAAGAAAAAACGUGCAAAAUUAGCAAGAAUGUACAAAGGUUUCAAAGGAUUGAUCGAAAAAUUUGAAGCGAUUAGACAGAAGAGGGGGAAGGCUGAUGUGCAGGAUUCGUCUAAUACCCAAAAUAUUGAAGGUGCCACUGAGGAGUGGCAUGGAUUAGAAAGAUACCUCUCUGCGUUCAGUACAUCAGAUUCGCAGUUGAAUAUGGAACUAAACACAUCUGAGUCUGAUAAAAGUAAAAUCAAUGGAAGUGAAUAUGCCAAACAUUCGAAUAUCUGUGAUGUAGAAGUUUUCAAAAUAAAUUACUACUAUGACUCCCAAGGGUUAGUCCCAAGUAAUCCUAUUAGCAAAACAAUUAAAGAAGACCCUGAUAUAGGUAACAAUGGGCCAGCCCCAAUGUUUGGUUGUGAUAUCACCAUUUUGGGAACCACAGUUAACUACGGGCCUUGGGCAGAGAAACAGCGGGGGAGCUUGCAUCAGUUAAUGUUUCCUACUCUGUAUAGGAACACCAUACCGUUUCAGCGGCUGAAGCCAGGAAUGAGAAGGCAAUAUGCCAGUUUUGAUAUGUCAAUUGAGUGUGGUAGCGAUGUCAUUGUUAGAGUGCCACAUCGUGAAGAAAGUAAAGAUAUUUCUUUCUUGCAAUCCCCUAAUUUGAACAAUAGGCAUUUUGGAUGGCUGGAUUUAAAGCUAGGAAAGGGAUCUAUCACGGAUAUCUCUAUAUCAUUUUCUCCUACUGUUGAACGAGGUACAGAAAACAAAAUUAAUGCAGUGUUCUUGAAACCUGUGAUAUCUACAAGUGUUAACCAUGACAUAUUAUUUGCUGCGGAUGAACAUAUUUUUAACGGUUCUAUUGCGUUUCCCUUAGAAUGGAAUGGUCUGUGUGACUGGAAAUUUGAAAACAUCUCCAAAGGUGCUGAUAUUUAUCUGUUGAGGGAACACAUUACUCAGAUAUCUGACUUGUUGGGUGAUUUUUCUUCUGGUGAACCAACACCAUAUGAGUUGUUCAGGCCGUUUAUCUAUAGAUUCAACUGGAAAAUGUACGAAUAUACGUUUUAUUUGAUCAUCAAUGAAGGUAAUAUUAUUAACAACCCUUUGGAUGGUACAAUAAACACUUAUCUUACUAUAAAAGGCUCAGAUCUAAAAUUAACUACAAAGAUCCCUCUUGUUCAUCCAUAUAAGAAAUCAAAUACAAUAGACUACUGCUUAGAAACAAGCUAUUUCACUUUAGCCAUUGAGCAUCCUGCCUCCUCUACUUUUUCUAAUUUUAUUCAAAACAAUGAAAUCGGUGAAUCAAACAAUUUUAAAAUGCAAGGAUCGUACACCUAUUUCAGCCUAAUCGAUAUUGAUGCUGUUGAUACUAUUAUUAUACACUGCACUUGUGAUGAUACAACGUUGAAAGCUCAUGGGUUUGUCAUAAAAUACUUCAUGUCAUUAAAGGACAACUAUUUCGGAGACCAUACUCAUUUCCAAAAUUUACUUGAAUUCAGAGAAAGUUUUGGCAAGCAAAAAGAAAUAAUUAACGAAGGGAAACGAAUGAAAAAUGAGACCGAUCUUCUUUUCUCAUUCUGUGUGGAUAAUGGGUGCUUGGUAUUUCCCUGUCAUCUAUAUGACUGCAGCUCACAUCUGGCUCUUCAUUUUGAUACUUUGGAUAUAGACUUGAGAAAUAAUAACUACUACAUGGAUUUGCAAGCCAACUUUCAAGAUGCAAGGGGGAGAUAUAUUCCAGACUGUGAUGAGUUAGAAAUAUUUGCCAAUACAAAACACAAGGUAGACUUUGUUCCUGAGCUAGUGAUUGAUGAAUUAUCUAUACAUAGCAUUAGGAUAUUUGGACUACCACCAGUCGAACCUACAUAUUAUUGUAGAUGGAAUUUUGAUUCAAGUACUAUAAAAAUUGAUGCCGAGCCUAUUUUCUUGGAUGCUCUCUCCAGAACUGCUAAAUCCUUCAAAUUUGGAUAUGCCGACUUGGAAAAUUCUUUAUCUCUAAUGGUAACACCAGUUAGAGAUGUUUUAAAUUUGUCUUUUAAGUGUUCAAAUAUUUACUUAAAGAUCAAGCGCCAGGAUUAUUAUUUUCAGGUGAAUAUAGCCAAUAUUCUGCUCAGAUUGUCCGAUCAACCUACUGUCUUUUAUAACAGUCUUUUGGAGUUAGUCAUUGAAAGUAUUGUUGCGGAGUGUUAUCAAAAUGAUGUUCAGCUUUUGAAAUUCAAUUCAUCUCUAGAGAUGAAAAACUUUGGCCAAAAAAAGGAUGCAUUUGAAUACAUGAAAGAACAAGCAUUGCAUUUGAAAAAACAUGAUGCACCGUAUCAUAGGACACCCUUCAUUAUUCCCGAAUUUGCAAAAGACCGAAAAUACUUCAAAGAACAAGAUUCAAUAACGUCGUCUUUAUAUAUUCCGGAUCCGCCUUUACCGCUAACUAACCAAAGUGUGGAAAUGUUAAUUGGUACAUUCCCCUUGCGUAUACAAGAAAAAUUGGCAGACUUCUCUACCACCUUGGAUGAGAAUGAUGAAGAUGACUAUGAUGAUUAUCAGAAGUUCAGUUCUAACUUGGAGGACUUUGGUGUAUUGAAAGAUUUAGAUCCGUCAUGCGAGUAUGACAGUAUACCAGUGAGAUUACCUAAGCUGGAGGUUUUUGUUUCGCCAAAGAUAGCACCGGUUUUUGUUGAUAUUGUUUCUAAUAUGACUGAAUUCACGAUUGAUUGUUUUUUGGAUGCAUUGCAAACAGAUUUUGUUGAUGCUUUCAAGUUUAAACAGGAAAACAAGAGCCUCAAAAUGAAGUUUGAAUGCCCAAUGAUUACUGUUAAGGUGUCAGAACACAUCGAGUCGGAAGCAUAUUGUUUCCUUGGUGUAUCUGACUUUGUCUUUGCAUUUUCUAAGUCGAACGUUGGCUCUUCAGAAUCUUCUAAUAUCUAUUCAAUUGUAAAGUCCAUCAACAUCGAUAUAGUUAAAAACACAAGCGAUGUAUUGAGAGCUUACUUUUUCAACAUUCUUGUCAAAAGAUCCGUCGGAACGAAAGAAAUCUUAACAUUUGAUUUAGAAGAUACAGCUUUGUUUGUUGAUCCUAUACACAUUCCAUGGCUUUUGGACUGGGCAUAUUCCUAUCAAAACGAUAUUCAGCUGGCAAUCAAAAAUUGGAACCAAUAUCAAAAGGAUAAAAGAUUGGCGAAUGUUGAACUCCUAUAUGAUUUAUCAAGAGCUGGAAUAGAUUAUAACAUUAUACAUGAUCCACCGUGUAUUACCAAGCCGUCAUACAUAACAGGGUUUUCCAAAAACCAUAUUCGAAUGGAUGGCAACUGGAUGAUUAUUCCUAGGUUAAGACAUGUCUUAAAGAACUUACCAGGUGAAUGGAUUUCUUUGAAGGACGAAAUUUUUAAAAACAAGACUUGGGAAGCUCCUCGAGACGCAGAAAGUGAAGUUGGCGUAAUAUUUAGUAACUGGAGAGUGUGGGACAACCAUAAAAAGGAUGACAAUUUCAUAUUCAAAAAAGUUUUCAACAUAGAACAAGCUACAACGAAGAACUUGUUGAGUACCUAUAAAAUUGCACUCAAAACAAUAAAACUAACAAUUAAUCCAUUUGCUAACGCUGUUAUUGUUGAGAAUAUCUUCAUGCUAAUAAACGAAGGAGAGUUAAGCCAAGAAAUAAAAACUAUUGCUUUGCCUUUGUUGGACAAACCAAUAGAGAAAAGUUUAGAUAUAAAUAUCAAGGUUAGCUUUUUGAGAACUAACUUCACAAAAAUCAGCCGCUUGUUGCCUCGGUUGUAUCCUUUGGCUCAAAAUUUAAAGCAAUCUAUAUCUGCAUUUAAUUCGGAAACUGAGGAAAGCGAUUCUGACUACGCAAAUUCUGACUUGGGAUCUACCGACUCAUUACAUGGGAUUCCAAGAUAUGAGGAAGUUGCACCUGUUUUAAUUACAGCUAAUUUUACACUGGAUGAGUAUACUCAUGCAUUUGGUAUCGAUAAAUCCAAGGUAGUCUUUUAUGGUCAGAAUACCACACUUACUUCUUCUAUUGUCAGGGCUGAAGAAAUGAUGUCUUGUACCAUUAACCUGAAAAAUGAUUACAUUGGCAGUGAGUUUAACAUUGAUACAAUUCCUAUUUUUGAUUUAAGAUGCUACAUGCAUACCUCUACGCUGGUAAAUACCGGAUCAUUUAGAAGGGGAAACACUGUUUUAUAUCUUACUAAUCAAAAAAUAAAAGCUGAUUUUCUUCCAGAUUCCAAACAAAUCGUUUCAGCCAUGAAGGUACUGUUUAAAGAUGAAUUAUCGCCAAUCUAUCAUGUGGUUGGAGUGUUCAAAAAUUCCAAGAAAGCAGAAUCUGAUAGCGCAAUACCUCAAAAAAGACUUUCUGUUAUUGAGUGGUUAAAGGAAGACUUCUUCCAAACGCUUGACUUUCAGCUUUCAGCUAGUAUGAAGACCUCUACUGUCAUCUUUCAUGUUGAGCUUAUUUCCCCUUUUUUCACCAACCUUCAAAUCAUUGAUCCAAAGUUCUCGUUCAAGUUGAGUAAAUUUGGUUUUAUCCUUGAAUACUAUAUGCCCAGCUCCAAAUGGUCCAUUGGCUCCCAAGUUGGGAACUAUGUUUAUAAUUAUUUUACAGUUACGAUUGACAAAAUGAAGACAAUGCUGGCGUCUCAUUAUCAAAACAAAUCGAACCAAGUAUUAAGCAAAAUAGUUGGAGGUUUCUUGAGAAUUAACUUUGCACAGAACGAUCUGAUUCAAAUGAUCCAGAAGUUUCAAGGCGAUUUUGACAUUGCCCGCAGCAAUUUUGAGUUGCUCAAAAUUAGCAUAGAACAAAUGACACAUAUGCUGCAAACAACAAAUAAGGAAGAAUGCUCCAUAUCUGCCCCCCAAAAAUCAAGCUUUGAUAUUGAGGAUAUUUUCCGUUUGGUACAUGUGACGUUUGACUUCACAUUUGGCAAUGUAUCAUCGUUACUGAACAUAAAUGAGAAUAAAAUACACCUUGAUUGGGCCAAGCCUACAAUCUUCAUUAAAACAUACGCAAAUAAGCUCAAGAAAUUUUCGCCGCACGGUAGGGUUACAUUUCCUCAUUUUAGAUUAUCAGUUGGUCUUAAUGGAGUUCAAGGAAUCACCACAUUUUUAGAUAUAAACACCCUUGUGGAAGUGAAAACCCCAAUAGAUAGAGGAAACAGAUUACCGAAGUUAGAAGUUAAAUCGGAUUAUUGCCGUGUUAUUUUGAAUCCAAGCAUUGUUGAAGAAUUGAUUGAUAUUGUAACUGAUAUAUCUUCACUGUGGAAACCUUCUGCGAGUAGGCUUGAUAGCAAAGUACAGCAUUCUGAUUUUGAGGAUAAAUUUGAAGCAAUAUUUUCUUUCUUCUCAAUCAAUAUUGUUACAAACAAUUUUUGUGUUGGAUGGUUGUUCGAGGAAAGUGUUUUAGAAUGCCAUCCAAAUGUGAUAGCACCCGGGAUUAUUUUGGGUUUUGAGAAUGCCUCUAUUUCUUGUGCUAAGGAUGCAGGUAAACUAAAUAUGAGUGGUAUGUAUCUCUCCACAGCACAUGGUUAUAUGUCUUCAACCUUCUACUCGAAAACAUCUGAGAAGGAAAGCAACAACCGUGCAUUUUUUCCUUCAUUUAAUUUGGUUUAUAUUGUCGAUUCACGGGACAACUCGUUCAAACUAAGGUCCCAAGUAAACGGUGAAAAGGUUGAUUUUAAAUUUCAAACGGAUAUAUUUUCUAUUACUGGCCCAUUAAAGUAUUCCAUAUUAUCUAUAAAUGAAAAGUUGUCUCUCGCUAAGGGAAAAAUGAAUUUGAAUGUCAACGAAAAACAUGGAGACAAUGAUCAUAAAGACCUGUUAAUUACCAGAAAAAACAAGCAGUACACAUUUGAAUUUGUCUUUGAAUUUGCAGGAGCUUCCUUUUUCAUUUAUAAUCCAAAUAUUGGAAUCAACGACACUAUACCUAUAUUGAGCUUGCAUUCUCCGAAGCUCUCUUCUGUUUUCAGGUACACGCAUAACCAUCUGAAAUCGAAAAGACAUUCAAUUUUGCUCAGCGCUUUAGUUUCCGAGACAAACAACAAAAUCUCUUGUUUGUGUGUUCCUGUGUUACAUGACUUAAAACAAAGUUUUAAGGAUAUGAUGAGCAAGGGAAACACAAGUAUUCAGGAGACAACAAAGAAAGAUUCCAGUAGUAUUGAUGUGGUUGGCCUUACCAAAAAUUUAGAUAUCAAUUUCUCUUUGACAAUCAAACCUCAGUAUUUGUCAUUAACCUGUGAACCACGCGCUAACAUUGAAGCUGAAGUUGUGCUAGGAGCCAUUCAUUUGAUUGCAAAGACGGACCAGGAAAUUUUAUCUCUAGUAUUGCAUGUUCAGUUUUUGAAAUCUGAGUUGAAACAUGCAUAUUCCAAGGUUACCAGCGGUUCCGUUCAAAUGGAAGGUCUGAGUGUUAACAGUUCUAUCUCGAGAAUUUCAGAGAAUCAGAAGUUCAGCACCGUUAUAAGCCUAAAGAGCGCAGAUGCUUUUGUCAAUAUCCCACAGCGUCAGGACCUAGACUUAUUUAGAGACUUUUGGCUUCCAAAUAAUUCGACUGGGUCGAUUUUUGUUCCUAAGGGAAAAAGUGAGUCAAACAAGAAGACCUUCACAUCGAUUUUGCGUGAAGUCUCAUCCACUGCAGCGUUUCCAUGGGUUCUCACACUAUUCAUUUCGAAAAUAUCUGCUCGAGUUGAGUUGGGUAGUUCUUUGGGUACACUGAAUGUUGAAAUAUUCAAUGUCGAUGCAUUAACAGUAAAAUCUAUUGAUUGGGACAGUAAUUUUAGGCUUCAGUUUGAAGUUGUAAAGAUUCAAGCAACCGGUAGAUUAGAUGGGAUUUUGAUGGCCAAUAAAGUACGUAUGACAUCUUCGGUUGUAUGGAAGAGAGACAAUGAAGUUUUGAGUAUUCCAUUGGUAUUAUUGUCAAUAGGCAUUCAUAGCUUAGAAACUCGAAUUUCCUUAGAUUAUCACCCGUUUUUCAUCUUAGAAGUUCUAAACGUUGGAGUAACUAGUUUCAACCAACGGGAGCCAACCUCUCAUGAUAAAUUAAAGCUCAGCUUAAAACUAGAAAGUUUGAGAGUUUACAUGACUGCACUGAUGGCGUCAAACUUUGUUGAUGUUUAUACUAUUGGGUUGAGAAUCAGACAAGACACGCGGUUAUCAUAUCGACAGGUCCUCAAUGAUGCAAAAAUCAACUUAGAAAAAUCAGAGUCGGUAAACGUUCCAGCACCAUCCGAGACAUUUUUUAAAAUGAUCCAGAAGUUAAAAACUUACUUAAACGUUGAUAUUGGGAUGGUAAGAGUACAAAUAUAUCCAUCUUCGUUGACAGAUAGACAGGCAAUGGUGGUCAAAUUAGGUCACAGUCAAGCUUAUUUCUAUCAAAACAGCGUCAGAAGUUUAGUGAAUCAUUUAGAGCUGAAAAUAUCCGACAUUACAGUUUCGUUAUCUUCCUAUAAAAAACGGCCAACUAUUGAGUCCUUAAAUAACUCCAAUGGCAUUCAAGAGUACAUAAAGACUGCAAACAAGAUUGUAGAUGAUAAUAUAUUUGUUUUCCCAUCGGUGAAUAUAUCCAUGAAAACCCUUCAAGGAGUAAAUUCAAAUACUGUCCAAUACAAAUACUUUUGCAAGUUUGAUGGUAAAGUAGCAAUCAAAUGGAAGAUUGGAAGUGUCUACUUUAUACGUGAAAUGUGGUAUACACAUGCAACAACGCUUUCCAACAGGUUAACGGCCUUGCGUAUUUAUACAUCAGAUGAAUAUACGGAGGAUACUGAAGAGAACUAUAAACAAUCAACGCUAGAGGCAGUGAAUCUUGAAAGUAAGUUGAAGGAUGUUGAAAGUGAUGCUAAAUAUACCUAUGUUCCCCAGGCACCACCUGAGAUAGAGACUCCUCAAUUGAAGGAUUUAGGUAAUGCCACACCGCCAAUGGAAUGGUUCGGUCUACAUAGGGAUAAAUUUCCUAAUCUCACACAUCAAUUUAUUGUAAUAGGAUUACAAAAGAUGAUACGCGGUGUUGAGGGUAAAUAUUCAAAAGUUCUUAAGUAA